UAGUAGGCAGCUUACAAACCUUGAUAAUUAAAUAGGUUGUAAAGUUAUUUGCAAGAUGUACCGUUUUUGUUGGGUUGCUGGUUCUGUUGCAGUCAUUGUUGCAGCUCUAGCAAUACAAGGUUCUGCUUCCUUCAGGAAACUCAUUGAAGACGACACUGAACUUUUCCUCAACUUUUUAAAACAUGACGUUCUACCAGAAAGAUAUCGCAGUACAGAAUAUUUCAAGAACAUUGGUAAGACAGUAAAAGUGCAGGCGUUCAGCUUCAAAAACUGUGGUGGAAACUUUGCCGGAAUAAGCAAACUCCAGGUGGUGCCCGACCCUCUCAAACUACCGGGAAAUUUCAAUGUGUCUGCCAUCGGCUACAUGAAAGAGGGUUUAAAAUCCCCUUUACAGGCAUCUCUCCUCAUUCACAAGAAGGCAGCAGGUGUUUGGGUAAAAAUACCAUGUAUCGGAGACUUUGGGUCAUGUGACUAUGACGACUUUUGUGAAAUACUCGACAUGGCAUCGGAAUGUCCAGAUGCAAUUCAGAAAUCAGGACUUGGCUGUCAGUGUCCAUUUAAACAGGGAAAUUACAGCAUUCCAAACAUAAAUAUGUAUGGAUCCUUUGGAUUUCCCACAGGAGAUUAUAAUCUAACAGGCACUCUUCACUACCAAGGAAAAUAUGUGGCCUGUUUGGAAAUCAUUCUUACAAUAGCAACAUAACAUUCUAAAUGAUUAAUGAAAUUGUAUUCAUAACACAUUCUUAAUAGUAGUGUAU